UAAGACUGCAAGCACUACAGCACAUGAGAGCCCUGCAAUAAAGCUGCAUAAGCAACAGGCAGGUGAGACAGAAAGCUGUGAUGUGCUGAAUGAAUAAGGACUCAUAUGUGGUAGCUGAAAAACUUUUGGACAGGGCACCUGCUCUGUUCAACCAGAUUCCUGUGCUCCCUGAGGCAGCAAAGGAAAAUGACUCAGCUUCAGCACUAGCCAGAGUUGCUGAAGUCAUGAAAAACUUGCUGAGAGCGGACAUGGGCUCAUUGGCCUCAAUAAGCGUAGGCAGCAACCAAGCCCUAGGUAGACUAAGUUUUCAGAGUAGUAAGAUGAAGAGCUUAUUUAUCAAGUUUCCCGAGACCCUUCUGCUGCACAGGGUGCAGAGUGAGAGAGGACAUGUUCUUGUUUUCUUAGUAGAGAGUAAAGAGCGAGUGGGGAAGGUAGUGCAUUUGUCAGUCCUGAAGGGUGACACAAGACAGAAUGUCAGCAAAAUGCUGACAGUCUUUAAGGAGUUCAAUCCUGAGUGCCAAAAGGUUAAGGUUGUCUUUGUGGACUUGUCCUUCCUUCACAAAGCUGUCCUCCAAGAGCUCCUUCCCUCUGCCCAAGUGCUCCUUUCUGUCUACCACACUGUCUGACUUCUUGAGAAGAAUGUAGAAGCAGCAGAAGUGUCAUCUUCCUUCAAGCAAAACUUGAAGCUGGCCUUGAAGAAUGUAAUAUUUUUUACUUUGACAGCAAAUCUAGAUACCUUGUCUCAACUAGUGAAGUGCUUGGUUAAUCAGGAGUUUUAUGACUACCUUCAAGCCAACUGGUUCUCCUGUGAGAUGCUGUGGUAUAUGCAUGCAAAAAAAGGACUGCAUUCAUGCAGCACCAUGGACAGCCUAGAUCUCAUCACCAAAAUAUCUAGUCUCUUCAGCCAGCAGCUGUCCUUGGAGACGAGCAUUCUUCAUUUUUUUGCAUAUGUGGACUGCUUUGAUGCCAAAGGUUUGGAAAGCUUGAAGCAGAGUUUCUUAAGCAUUGAGGAGGACAGUCAGAGCAGCCUCGAAGAGAAACCUAAAGUGCACAGUUGUGCUGCAGCCAAACAAGCUCCUCUUGAUAGUUCACAGACCCUCCUCAAAUAUCCUGAGCCGCUCAUGCAGGUUGCUAUAGAGAAACCUGCAAAGACAACACGCUCCAUGCUGGCUGCUGGCUGGGAGACUUGUACAGACUUGGCCUACCAGCUGUGUAAGAAUGAGUGGGAAGUAGUGCAGAAGUCAACCCAGCUCAUCAGUGUCGUGCAGGAUAAUAUUGUAGUUCAGGUGCUAGAAGACCCACACCAGGUGGGCAAAGACUACAAGAGCUGCAGUUGUUACUUUCAUUGCCGAUACCAGCUCCCUUGCAGGCAUAUUCUUGUGCUGCAUGCUAACAAGAAAAGGGUAGAAGAAAGUAUAGUAUGUAAGUGUUGGCAGAAGAAGUACCAGCACCUCUCAGUUCUCGGAGAGAACCUCUUAGACCGUCCUGGACAUCACACAGGUAUCCAGACAGAAGCAGAGGGAAGAUGUGACAAAAUCCAGUCCCUCAGCAAGGAGCUUGCCAGCCUCUUGAUGCAGUGUGAUGGGGAAGAGCUAGAGGAGCGAAGCUCCACACUCAGAAUGAUUGUGGAUAUCUGGGCUAAGUCACCUGAACCCUUGGGAGAGGCUGAGAAAGACCUGACCUUUAGAAAUGUGGGGGAUCUUCCCUUUCUCUGGGUAAAGCAGGAGGAAGUGGAGAUUGCAAAUGCAGAUUCUGAUGAAUUAACAAUAAAUGUAGACAGCUGCGGCGCCUGCAAGGCGCUCAACCCCGGCUGGGAGGCGAUCGAGACCUUGCUGGUGGGCCCGGACUUCCCGUGGGCGACGGCUCUGUCCGACGCCUUCCCCGCGGCGCAGGUGCAGCUCUCGGUCUUCCACGCGUGCUGGCGCCUGCAGCAGGAGACGCUGGCGCCGGAGCACCGCACCGAGAGGCUCCUGUUAAACGCCCCGAGGAACGCGGCGUGCGCGGCUUCGGAGCGCAGCCUGCGGAAGAUGCGCGCCGUCCUGAGGGACUCCGUAAAAGCAGCCUUGGUGCCUCAGCUCAGUGUUCACUGGCUGCUCGAUGACAAGAUUUGGGCCAUGCACAGACAGAGGACUUGGGUGGAAAGCAGUGACUGUUUUAAGGACCUGGAGAUCAUCACCUGGGACAUCAACCAGGUGUUCUGCACUAGACUCUCUCUGGAGGCCCGCGUCGCUGCUUUAGCGAAGCACUACCAGAAGCGUGUUUCUAAGAGUCCUCCUGAUGCUGCGACGUGCUCCACUAACCGCCAAGUUACUCAGACAGCUCUUCAGAGCCUGCCUGUCGUGAGUUCACCUCCAGCCCCCCUUGCUCCCUCAGCAGCGUGCCAGAGUAGGCCAUCUGAGAGCUCCCUUUUGGCCUCUCCCAGCACAGUGCUGGCUCAUCAGAAAUGGCUGGUGCAAAGCUCUCACAGCUGUGAAGAAUCCCCUGAUUGUGCUUCAUGCUCCCCUGGCAGCUCCUCAGCAGCCCUUCCUUCUUCAGAGUCAGCCCGCAAACUCCAGAGUCUCAUUUUCCAGAAUGAGCCAGAAAGCCCUCAGACCUCGUUAGAUCCAUCAUCUCAUGCAGCUAAGCUGGAGGUUGCAGAAAACCCAGAGGGUGGCAGCAAUGAGGAGACUAACCGAAAUACUGAGGAGCGCAUCAAGCAAUCUUUGCGUGAGGUUUGCACAGAGCCUGCUGCCAGGCUGUGCCUCAGUGAGCUUGCAGUGGUUCAGAAGUCUGUACAGCGGAUAGGCACCAAUGAGGACACGGUCAACAUACAGGUCCUUGAAGAUGCCCACAAAGUGAACCAGAAGGGCCUGAACAACUGCACUUGCCACUUUAACCAGACGUUCCAGCUGCCCUGCCGGCACAUCCUGGCUGUGCUGCAUUCAGACUGAAAGACCUUACAGCCGGAGAUGCUAAGCAAGCAGUGGCAGAAAGGACAUGAUGCCCGUCAGGCAGGGCAGGACGGCACUGAUAGCCUCUUGGAAGUUCUGAAAAGCUCCUGGAAUGAGUCUUUGGACAAAUCCUUGGUAGUGUCCUUCCUUACAGCAGAGAUCAGCCGGCUGCUCACCUGCUGCAGCAGUGAGGAGUUUGAGCGCAGGUGCAACACUCUCCGAGAGCUGGCUGAUAGCUGGAUUGGACCUUAUGUUCAGGUGAAGCUGUAGCAGAGAACUGGAGCGCUGAACUGCCCUGUUCCUUUUGCAGAUGCCUGUGUUGCGUGUGAAACCCUUGGGAGAAAUGGGGCAUCAGAUAUCACAAAAAAGUGAUAAUUCUGCUGAUAACUCUA